AUGUGCAGAUUCCACAGCAUCGUGGAUGCGUUGCGACACUUGUUGCCGAUCUGGCACACUCGACUGCUGAUAUGGCUCUACAUCGGCUUGGCCCUUGGCUACAUUAAGAGCAUUGGCGACUGCGUCGGCACCUCUGUGGACCCGCUGGACACGACCGAGCCGACGGAUGGCCAGACCAAGGACGGCAUGAAGGCCAAGCACAAGGAGGACCUCGCCAAGGCCAGGAGCUCCGCGAAGAACUCCAUCCACUUCGCGACCAGCAUCCUGCUCAACGCCGAUUGGCACCGCAAGGGCACCCAAGCGAAUCAGAACAAGAAUGCAGAUGAGUCUCUCAAGUACGCAAUCGGCAUGGCCAACGGAGACGGACUCAACACGAUCACAAGGUUGUUCAACUCUUUCAAUGCACACGGCUUGUCCAACAUGGGGUUUUACCUCGCCCGAUCUGAGGUUGCCCCCGUUCGCGUUCAUGGGUCCAUGUUCGAGGUUGCGCUGAUCAACGAGACGGAGCACCUGGCGAAAGCCAUGCGCCUUGCUUUCUGCCUGGCGGGCCGCCGAGCCCUUGGGUUGGAAGCGUGGCACACAGCUUUUCCUGGUCACGCGGCUGCGCUGCUCAGCCCCGAUGCUGGCACGCGCGAGAAGUCAUUGCGAUACUGGAAGGGUGUUGCAGACGAUUGGAAGCAGAUUCUGGAGACGAAGUUUCCAACAGCUAUGCCCCUUAUCAAGCGCAAUUUCUGCAAUGCGCCGAUCUUCCACGACUUUAUUGAACAGUUGACGAGCACAAAUUUCCAAGCGUUGACAACCAGUUUGGAUCAGAAUCUCCGCGUUGGGUUUAGCAUCACGCAGACCCUCGUGGUCGAGAAUUUCUUCAAAGCAACGAGAACGGCCGAGAGCCGAUGCCAGGACAACAAACAGCUUAGUUGGUUGCGGCGUUGGAUCACGCCGAUACAAAGGAAGAUCGACACAUCGGCGUUUCAAUACACCUCUGUGGAUUUCCGUGCGCAGGUUCUACAGGGCAGCCAGCUUGCUGCCAAAAGCUUGCCCCGUUCUUUCUUCGUGCCCAAGAAAUCGAAUUUGUCAGUUGAUUAUAACGCGAUGGUGUCAGAAAAGAAAACAGCGCCCUUUACGACGUGGAACGCCCAGUCCCAGAAGUUCCAGAUCCCCGACUUAGCCGUGCCCCGCCACUGUGCUGUAAAGAACUGUUGGGGCGACCUCCACCUCUUCUGGAUGUCCCAGGGGUGCCUCCCGAUGACGGUCUUCAAAGACACAGUUGCCGAUGAAUGGGUGAUUUCAUUGAGCACCCAUGCGCAAUCUGCAGUGUUGGCGGUGCCUGUCCAGCAGAUGGUGUUUAACGGAGUCACGUAUUUUACGCUGCCAUACAAACUAACGACAGACAACCUGAAGUGGGUGAUUGUAUUGGACCUGGACUCGCUGGGUUAUGAGGUGGAAUGGGUUGGCCCUUUGUACCGCGAGAAGCACAAGUUGCCCGACAACUUCCCCCUGAUGUGCGGCAAGGCCGAUGGCGACCCCAAGUCAUUGUGCGAGAUCCUCGCUCUCAACUGCUUCGGUAACUUGAAAAUAACGUGGUUGCGAAAGUUCGCCUCGCACUUUAAGUUGGAGACGCCUCGCACCGCCAGCCUCUGGGACACGCUACUGGACCUGAUGAAGUUUGUCUUGCCAACGGCCACGGAUGAUGAUCUGUUGGCGAUCAUGUCCAAGAGAUUGCCACCCGAUACGGAUUCAGCCAUCGACUGGGACGCUUGCGCAGUGGACGACGUCAUUGAAACUGGAGACUUGGAUGAAGUCAACAAGGCAUCCGAGAGGGAGAAGAAACACAAGGAUGCCACUGCGACAUACCAGGUGGCGUUCAAGACGCUGCACGCGGCAGUGUUACAGAAGAGAGCGACGGCUGCCGCGCAGGAGAAGAAAGCGGAGCCGAAGGCAUCCAAGAGAGCGUCCAAGAGAGCGAGAGUGACUGCGGCAUCGGCUUCGGCUUCGUCAUCCUCUCGUGCCGAUCGCAAGCCCAUGCCGCCCUUGGCUGUGGAGCACCUCACCUUGGAGCAUGCGCGCGAGUGGCUUCCAGACCAGAACUUCACGCUGUACAAAGACUUCCCGAACGGCCGCUGGCUCUUGACUGAGGGCAGGUAUUUCAGGGUUUCGCGGUCGUUCCUCAAGCACGGCGAGGUGGGGGCCUUCGCCACCUGCGCGAAGAAGGCCUACGAGCACCGCAAGCUGCCAGUGCCUGCGAGCAUUGGGUCGCUCGCCACCGAGUAG